AAAUAAUCCAUCUUUCUUGUAUAUAAUUUAUAUAAGCAGAUUUGUUUCGUACAUUGAUUUUGUCAGAACUACAGAAACUGUUAACCCCAACACCGUCUGGGAUCUGCAAGUUUCAGUAAUAAAAAGUUCAAAUGGAAGGAUUAGCUAUCAGAGCAUCGCGACCGUCCAUCAUCUGCUCUCUUCCAGGUCUCGACGGCGGUUCUCAGCGACUGCCUCUAAGUGACGGUUUCCUAAGGCUCCCAACGUCAUCAUAUGCUGCAGAUAAGCCAAAACUAGUCGCGAAGUCUGCUUCUUUACAUCCGAUCUCCGCCGUUAAUGUCUCUGCUCAAGCUUCCCUCACCGCCGAUUUUCCCGCCCUUUCAGAGACGAAUGUGAAAGAAGAGAGAAUCAACGGAGACAAGAAUAAGCCAGAGAACAUCGUGUGGCACGAGAGUUCCAUUUGCAGAUGCGACCGACAACAACUUCUUCAACAGAAGGGUUGUGUCAUUUGGAUCACUGGUCUCAGCGGCUCAGGGAAAAGCACUGUUGCUUGUGCCUUAAGUAAAGCUCUGUUCGAAAGAGGCAAACUUACUUACACACUUGACGGAGACAAUGUACGUCAUGGUCUUAACCGGGACCUCACUUUCAAAGCUGAGGAUCGUACCGAAAACAUACGCAGGAUCGGUGAGGUGGCAAAGCUGUUUGCUGACGUUGGCGUCAUUUGUAUAGCAAGUUUGAUUUCUCCUUACCGGAGAGACAGAGAUGAGUGCCGGUCGUUGUUACCCGAGGGAGAUUUCGUGGAGGUUUUCAUGGAUGUUCCUCUGUCUGUGUGCGAGUCAAGAGAUCCAAAGGGGUUGUACAAGCUCGCACGUGCCGGCAAAAUCAAAGGCUUUACUGGAAUCGAUGAUCCUUACGAGGCGCCACUGAACUGCGAGGUCGUUCUGAAACACACCAGAGAUGACGAUUCUUGUUCACCACGUCAGAUGGCUGAACAUAUCAUCUCCUACUUGCAAAACAAAGGGUACCUUGAGGGCUAAGUCAACUCUGAAAAAUCAAAGACAAAAAAACCCGCAAUUUGUCGAAUUUAAUUAGGUUUUAUAAAUGGUUAAAUGGCUGGUUCCCUUAGAAGCUUGAGACUUGAUACAACGUCGUACGUCUUGCUUCGUCAUACUAUCAUUUGUUCUUGAAUUGCAUCUAUGUUUAACUCGGACCGAGAGGAAGGGAAAACAAAUAUUAUUUAUAUUUCUAAUAGCAAUUAGUUAGUUAAUUAAGAGCUGUAUUUUGAUUAAUGUUAUCGAUUAAGUUGUAUAAUGUGUUUUAAUAAACGCUCUUCGUUGUUAAUUUA